AUGAAAUCUGUAGUAAAUACAAUAUUAUUCGACGUGUCUAAGAACGAAAUGUUUAAAAUAAACGAAAAUUAUAAAAUGUUACAUCGCAAACUGAAGACAACUUGGAAGGUUAUGAUCAAUCGAGAAGAAUUAACACAGAACAUUCUAGAAGACGUUCAGAUCCUUGUGGUACCAGGGCCGCAGAACGUGUUCACAGAUGACGAGCUCGCCUGCCUCAAGAGUGUAGUCGAGAGGGGGGAUUCUGUUCUCGUCAUGAUGACAGACGGGGGGGAAGAACGAAUGAAUACAAACAUUAACUUCUUUCUAGAAGAAUAUGGUAUAGUUGUUAAUAAUGACUGCGUAGUUCGCGCCAAAUACCACAAGUUCUAUCACCCAAAGGAAUGUCAUAUAUCUAAUGGCAUCCUGAACCGUGGUGUCAUGAAGUACAUCAUGAAAAUGCCAAACUAUAGCGUUGAGAGUGAUGACUUUUUAGAAGAUCCGCCAACCCCUACCUUCGUGUAUCCUUACGGCGCAACACUGACAGUCAAGAAGCCCGCGGCCGCCAUCUUGUCCAGUAGCGACCUCUGCUAUCCAGUGAAGAGACCUAUCGCUGCCUUGUAUACUGCAGACAGCGGAGGGAAGUUAUUCGUCAUCGGUUCGGGCCAUUUCUUCGCCGAUCAGUACUUGGAGAGCGAAUGCAACGACCUCAUCCGAGAGAUGGUGUUCAGUCACCUCGGCGGCGCCGCGGACCUGCAUCUCAAUCCUGUCGAUAUUGAAGAUCCGGAUGUGAACGAGUACCGCACGCUGGGGGACGCGCUGUUUCUGAGCCAGGUGGCGCUGCCGACGCCCGCCACCGCGCCGCCCCCGCGCCUCGCCCCGCUGCACCCACACGCCCUCUUCACCUGGACACUCUUCUCACUCAACUUAGCACAGCUGCCCGAAGUACUAGGGUUAUAUGACGCACUAGGAGUAAAGCAUGAACCACUGAGACUUAUCGCACCUCAGUUCGAAACCCCUUUUCCUCCGUUACAGCUAGCGGUGUUUGCGCCGAGGUUUCGUGAGCCGCCGCCUCCUCCGCUGGAGCUCUUCGACUUGGACGAAGCUCUGAGCUCUGAGCGAGCUCAGCUCGCACGCCUCGCCAAUAAAUGCCUGCAACCAGACAACGAAAAGAUGGCGCAAGGAGAUAGCAGUCAGUUAGAGAACGAGCUGGAGUAUUUCAUAAGAGAGUGCGGGCGCGUGGUGCGGCUCUCGCGGGCGCUGACUGAGGCACCUUCUGCUAAGGCCAUCUUACACCAACUGAUGGUGCAGCUGGCAGCGUUCAAGAAGAUCGCUCCUAGAGAAGAAUAGUAAUAACAAGAGAA